UGGAGAGAGUGAGGCACUAGAACUGCAGAACUAAGUUGCUGCCCUUUCUGUGGGAACUGGAAUACACUUGACUGUGGCAGGACACAGUGAUCACAUACCAGCGGACUGAGUCAAGACUAUCAAGGGCUAUAACGUCUUCAUUCAAGUGGGGACGGUGACAGAAUGAACGAGGACGAAUUUCACAGAGAAAACAGAUUCAGCUUCAAAAGUCACAAUUAAGAAGCAGGCAUUGGCUACUAGAAGGAAAGGAAUGUGUGAGCCUGGCCCACGGUUUUGAAAGAGAGACAGACGUUUUACACUGGAUUGAAGGCCAAGCCAUGGCACAUCUUACACAUAUGUUGGAAUUCCAUGAUGGUACCUGCUAACCUCCUGGUUCUGAUGGCUCUGAUGAUACCUCAAGCCUGGUCAAGUCUCGAGGGUAGAUCGAGCAGUGAGCCCCCCCAGCCUGCCCAGGCCAUCCAGACCCUCCUCCUGACACGGUUGGGACUGAGGAGCCUCCCGACGCCCCGCCCCGGAGUCCUGAUCCCUCAGUACCUGCUCCAUCUCUACCACUUCCACUGCCAGGAGUUCCACCUCAUCCGGGACUCAGGGUUCGUAUUCCCAGCUGGGCACACCCAGAGCGCCAACACCGUGCGUGGCUUCCAUCACCUGGAGGCUUCUGAAGACUUGUCUUCCAGUCCACUACGAGAGACCAACCAGCUCCAUUUCUCUUUCAACGUCUCGUCGGUUCCUGCAGACGAGCAGGUGACCUCAGUCGAGCUCCGCUUCUACCGCCGAGACAACUCGGGCCACGCAGACUCUGGUUUACAAAGGGUUAACUUAUAUCACAUCCCUGAUCACGAAUCCACUCCUCACUCUGAGAAGAACGCCCGGCUUCUGGAAUCCAGACUGCUGACACAUGACCCAGGUACAGACAAGUGGGAGAGCUUCAAUGUCAGUUCUGACGUCUUCCACUGGGUUGGCAGAAGAGCUGGCAACUUGGUUUUCAUGAUGGAGGUAAUUCACCUCAAUGGAAGCCACCCUUAUCUGAAACAGAGAGGACACCUUCGAGUUAGAAGAUCUGUGGACCAGGAUGAAUCUAGCUGGGCUCACGAGAGACCCUUACUGGUCACCUACAGCCUGGAUGGGCGAGGGCAGCCUUUGACACCUAAAGUCACAAAAAGGCAUGGCAAAGGCCAGGACUUUGUUCCAAGGGUAAAAGGAUGGGAUAAAGGCUUGGAGAGUGGUCACAAAAGGAGCGAUGGACAAGGGCCUGAUGGGAAAAGGGUCAAAAGAACCGGGAAAAGGAACCAGAAGCUGAAAAAGUUAGCAAAGGCUCGUUGCAAAAGACACCCCUUGUUUGUCAAUUUUAAGGACGUGGGCUGGAAUCGAUGGAUCGUUGCUCCCAGUGGGUACCAUGCCUACUAUUGCCAAGGGGAAUGUCGCUUCCCUUUGGCAGACCACAUGAACUCCUCAAGCCAUGCAAUGGUCCAGACUUUGGUGAACUCGGUCAACCACAAGGUCCCGCGCGCCUGCUGUGUCCCGACAGAGCUCAGCUCCAUCGCCAUGCUCUACCUGGACCAACAUGACCGUGUGGUCCUCAAGAACUACCAGGACAUGGUGGUUGAGAGCUGCGGCUGCAGAUAGAAACCAGAUGAUCUGGUCCUAUGGGUCCUACCAGAGCACAAUGCCGCCAAACACCUUGCACCAAGGUCAAACACAACAUGGCUGCAUUCAAACUGUUCUGUAAAGUAUUUAUUCACAAUAAGAGGGUUGUUCACAGUUUGCACAUAUGCAAAACACUAUUGUCUGUACAUAAGUGAACAUGCUCACCACUGCUGCCGCCUCUGUACUACUCACUGUUGUACAUUUCUUUUCAUAUGUUCAUCCAGUGAACACCUGUUGGGAUGAUUCACUGUGAUACUUUCUUUAUAUGUUAUAUCGUAAUAGAGGUUUAUUAUGCAUCCUACAGGUAACCUAUCAGGACCAUCGCAUGUAUAGUGACCUGCACAUCGUGAUAUGUAUUGUGACAUUAGUGUAUCGUGACAUCAGUGUAUCCUGACACCCCUAAUCAGCUGUCAGAAUUCUUUCAAGUCUUUUCCUUCCUCAUCACUGGUAUGUCAAUGGUGAAUACCUCUAUUUCAUCUCCUCAGCAUCAGUUUGCUUUAAAUAAAAGUCCCUUUCAGUCACCUGUUUUGAUGAAACAGAGCAAACAACAAUGUAGCUGAGUUCGUUUUUAUCACAUACUGUAGCAGCUCAUUCUCCAAAUGGUGGAAAAUAAAAUAACUUGCAAAGCAUUAUCCCAGCUGAUUCAUUUGUGUUUAUGAAGAGAUGUGCAGCAGAGUGCAGUAACAAUAAUAACAGUAAGGGUUAGGGUUAGGGUUAGGGAAGUCCAUGGUCUAUACACACUUGUAUUAUAACCAAUCUUAGAGGUUGGGAGCUCCACUGAGGGGAUGGGAUUCCAUUCAAUUGUAGAGACAGUUUCAGUGUUAAAAGUCUAGAAGGGGGCAAUGGUGUAUAUUACUUAAGGUUAAAGCUGGGUGCGACCAGGAAGUUCAAUAACUGACUUUUCAAAGUGUAUUAAAGUUCUCCUUUACUUAUAAGUGUCUGUCUAACUUUACAGAGAAAGUAAAACUCACAUAAUGUGAUAUCUAAUCACUGUUGCAACAGCAAAGAAUGCCUUUGAAUCCUCAUUUGCAAAUAGAAUAUAGAAACUUUCAUUUUUAUGAAUUUAGAGUACAUGACUCUACAAUCAAGCAACUUUAAGUAUCUGUUGUCUUAAGACUUUUUAAAUACUGCAAUGUGUUAAUAUAUUUAUUUGAAAACAUAUAUAAAAAAGCUGUGGUAAUAACUAAGCCUGUUUAGUAAUAUUUACUGUGAAAGGGCGGUUGGCGUCUGUCUGCUUUGUGCAUGUGUGUUUGACUCUCUGAUGAAGAAAUAAUUAUAGACACGACUGGCGAAAUAAAUUCACCAUGAGUCACGCACUUUAGGGAGCAGAUUUUGUUCGGACAGACAUUCCCUUCUCGUGCCUGCAGGUGUUCGUGUGCUGCAGCUCACAACUCUUUCCCAGAUCUACUGCUCAAGAGCAUUUAAAUGACAUUCUGAGCUUUCUUUUUCUUUUUUUGACAGGAACUGAAGCAUUGUUUCCCAAAGGGGAAAGGUAGAGUGGUCUGGAUGAAAACAGGAUAUGAACUCAGGUUACUCCACUACCAUAUGCCCCUUUAUAUAAGUGACCAUGUCUUUUUUACACCGCGUGAUAUACACAGUUAAUAACGUAAAAACAAAAGAAAAUGUAUGAACAAGAGAAGGCCAUUCGGCCUGUCAGCUCUUGUCCGCUUCCUAGUAGCUGAUUGAUCUCAGAACUUUGUCACAUUGGAUCUUAAAGGAACAAAGUGAUUCUGCCUCAACAACAUGACUAGACAGCCCAUUCCAUACCCUCACCACUCUUUUUGUGAAGAAGUGUCUCCUUCCCUCUUCUGCAACUCGAUAAAAAACUGAAACCCCUGCCCUCUGAAACAUGCUCCUGCCAAAUUAUAAUUUUUUGCCCUGCAGAUCCACCAGACCUAUAAUGCUGGAGGACAACACAGAUUUGAAAGGCUCCACAGCAGACCUGCAGGCGCCCUAUCUGCCAUAGGGGUUUCUGGUGGGCAGUGAACCCUGCCGAUCUAGUUCCUCCCUACCUGGGCACUCUCAGCCAAUUGUGCGCUGCCCCUUAGGAACCCCCAGUCACAGUUGGCAAUAGCCUGGAUUGGAACCUGUGAUCUCCAAGCUAUAGGGCGCAUCCUGCACUCCAACUGGAGCACCUUUACUGGAUGCACCACUCAGGAGCCAGCUGACAACACAAGGUGAAAUGUCCUGACAGUCUGAGUUAACAGCCUUUACGAAUUGCUUUUACCUUACCUUGAAAGAAGCAAUGCUUUUUAUAAUUUGAAAAAACCAUACUGCAUAAUACUGGGUAAUCCUUUACAUGACAUGUCUGUAAUUACUGUG